AUGGCAGAAGAAUUAGCAGAGAAUACAGUGAUGCCUAAGGUCAUAACUUUCCUCUCUUCUCUUCUUCAAAGAGUAGCAGAAUCUAAUGAUCUUAGCCAUCAGUUAUACCCCCAGAAAGUCUCAAUCUUUCAUGGCCUAACUAGACCUACUAUAUCCAUUCAAAACUAUCUUGAGAGAAUCUUCAAGUAUGCAAAUUGUAGUCCCUCUUGUUUUGUUGUUGCUUAUGUGUAUCUCGAUCGGUUUGCUCAGAGACAGUACUGUUUUCCUCUCAAUUCUUUCAAUGUGCAUAGACUGCUUAUCACAAGUGUCUUGGUCUCUGUCAAGUUCAUGGAUGAUAUAUAUUACAAUAAUGCAUUCUAUGCUAAAGUUGGAGGAAUUAGCAUCGCAGAGAUGAAUCUUCUUGAAGUGGAUUUUUUAUUUGGUUUAGGCUUCCAAUUAAAUGUGACACCAGCCACCUUCCACACUUACUGCUCUUACCUUCAAAGAGAGAUGUUGAUUCAAUCUCCUCUGCCAGUUGUAGACAACCCUCUAAAUAUGGCAAGACCACUGAAAAUCCAUCGUUGUUUCAAUGAAGAUGAAUCCACCCAUCAAAAACAGCUUGCUGUUGAGGUCAUUUUUCAACGUGGUUAG